GCCGGCAGUGAGGGCGCUCGGCGGGACGCGGGAGCCGGCACCAGCGCCGGCUCCGGACAGGACGCGGCUCGGGACUGCGGGGGCCGAGGUGCUAAGUUUCCUGUCCCGCUGUCUCAUCUCUGGCUCUGUGCUGGGAGGUUUCCAGCGACCAAGGAGAAAGAGACCACCUCGGAGCUGGCCGCCCGUCCCCGGAUCAGGUCUAUUUGGUAUAGUGUCUGAGAUAAAUUCAACCCAGGAGAUCAAAAUGAUUCUCAACUCUUCUAGCGAAGAUGGUAUUAAAAGAAUCCAAGAUGACUGUCCCAAAGCUGGAAGGCAUAAUUACAUAUUUGUCAUGAUUCCUACUUUAUACAGUAUCAUCUUUGUGGUGGGAAUAUUUGGAAACAGCUUGGUGGUGAUAGUCAUUUACUUUUACAUGAAACUGAAGACGGUGGCCAGUGUUUUUCUUUUGAAUUUAGCACUGGCUGACAUAUGCUUUUUACUGACUUUGCCACUCUGGGCUGUCUACACUGCUAUGGGAUAUCGCUGGCCCUUUGGUAAUUACCUGUGUAAGAUUGCUUCAGCCAGCGUCAGUUUCAACCUCUAUGCCAGUGUGUUUCUACUCACGUGUCUCAGCAUCGAUCGCUACCUGGCUAUUGUUCAUCCAAUGAAGUCCCGCCUUCGACGCACAAUGCUUGUAGCCAAAGUCACCUGCAUCAUUAUUUGGCUGCUGGCUGGCUUGGCCAGUUUGCCAGCUAUAAUCCACCGAAAUGUAUUUUUCAUCGAGAACACCAAUAUUACAGUUUGUGCUUUCCAUUACGAGUCCCAAAAUUCAACCCUUCCUAUAGGGCUGGGCCUAACCAAAAAUAUACUGGGUUUCCUGUUUCCUUUUCUGAUCAUUCUUACAAGUUAUACUCUUAUUUGGAAGGCUCUCAAGAAAGCUUAUGAAAUUCAGAAGAACAAGCCAAGAAAUGAUGAUAUUUUUAAGAUAAUUAUGGCAAUUGUGCUUUUCUUUUUCUUUUCUUGGGUUCCCCACCAAAUAUUCACUUUUCUGGAUGUGUUGAUUCAGCUGGGCAUCAUACAUGACUGUAAAAUUGCAGAUAUUGUGGACACUGCCAUGCCCAUCACCAUUUGCAUAGCUUAUUUUAACAAUUGCCUGAAUCCUCUUUUUUAUGGCUUUCUGGGAAAAAAAUUUAAAAAAUAUUUUCUCCAGCUUUUAAAAUAUAUUCCCCCAAAAGCCAAAUCCCACUCGGGCAUUUCAACAAAAAUGAGCACACUUUCUUACCGCCCCUCGGACAAUGUAAACUCAUCCACCAGGAAACCUGCGCCAUGUUUUGAGGUUGAAUGACAUGUUUGAAACCUGUCUGUGAAGUCAUCUUGUGAAAGAAAGAGCAAGAGAAACAUUCCUCCACAGCACUUCGCUACCCAAUGAGCAUUAGCUACUUUUCAGAAUUAAGAAGAAAAUGGAUUACACGGACUGAACCAACUUGUCUAAAGCUAUGAACAAAAGCUUUUCUUUCCCUUUGCAACAAAAUAAAACAAAGCCACAUUUUGCAUUAGAUAGAUGAUGACUGCUCAAAGAACAAUGUCAGAAACUGGAUGAAUGUAUUGGUUUGGGAAAUUUUACUGACAGAAAUGCAAUCCCCUAGUCUGCUCUUGGCCUAUUAUUUUUGAUUUCCACAUAAAGGUAUUUAGAAUAUGUUAAGUCUUUAGAGGAGCAACAGGAGGUCAGAGUUCAAGAUUGUUCUGCCCAAGAGUCAAAGGACUGUAAAGCUUUUGUGCCUGUUUAGCUGUAAACAACCGUGGCCCACUUGUAUCAGCUACUACACAUUUUAUAUACAAAGAUUUGCCAAGCAGUAGUUGUCAAGUUUCAGAACCUUUUGUGAAAUUCAACCAGUGUCUUAGAGAUUUACACUGCCAAAACAAUGCCGGUAAGAAGGCUUAUUUGUAUAACGAUGUUACUAAAGUCACCUGUAAAAGUUAAACUACUUGUAAAGGUGUCAUUCUGGUCCCAAGUAGUAGUGUCUUCCUAGUCAUAUUAGUUUGAUUUCAUAUCUGAGAAGUGUAUAUAGUUUGUGGUAAAAAGAUUAUAUAUCAUAGAGUAUGCCUUACUAUUUUAAAAAAGUAUAUAUUCUACACAUAUAUAUGUAUAUAUCUCUAAACUGUUGUUACUUAAUUAAAAUCUGUCAGUUAUAUUUACCUUAAAAUAAUUUUAUUUUAAUG